CCCCCCCAUUGGUUGCUAUAGAUGCUGCCGGACACGCCAGGACGAUGUCGGACACUUGGAGCUCGAUCCAGGCGCACAAGAAGCAGCUGGACUCGCUGCGGGAGCGGCUGCAGCGGAGGCGCAAGCAGGAUCCUCUGGAUCUCAGGAAUCCAGAUUUGGUGCUCAGCCCUCCCUUUCGCAGUGACAGCCCCGUGCCUUCGUCCGUCACGCCCAGCACCGCCGCAGAGCCAGGAGAUUUAGUGACCGACCCUGAAUUAGAAAAGAAACUCCUCCAUCACCUUUCGGACCUGGGAUUGGCGCUGCCCACGGACGCUUUAACUAUCUGCCAAACCAUUUUCACGGGUGAAGAAGCCUCGGCCAACCAACGGAGCGUGGAGAGCCUCUUGCAGAAAUUUGCUGCUCAGGAACUCAUUGAAGUGAAGCGUGGGCUCCUUCAGGAUGACGGGCAGCCCAUGCUGGUCACGUACGCCGACCACUCCAAGCUCUCGGCUAUGAUGGGGGCCGUGGCCGAGAAGAAAGGCUUGGCCGAAGGCACAAAGAGGCGAGCGGAGCAGGACGCUGGGAUCUCCGUCUCUACUCCUGGGGUUUCUCCUAUGACGUUGGCCAGCUCCGAGCCUCUGAAAGAGCCGCCCAAGAAGUCGCGCAAGCAGGCCUCCGACCUUGAUCUGGAGAUCGAAAGCCUGCUGAGCCAGCAGUCCACCAAGGAGCAGCAAAGCAAGAAGGUGAGUCAAGAAAUUCUGGAGCUGCUGAACACGACGACCGCCAAAGAGCAGUCCAUCGUGGAAAAGUUUCGUUCGCGAGGCCGGGCUCAGGUUCAAGAGUUUUGCGAUUAUGGAACCAAGGAGGAAUGCAUGAAAGCCAGCGAUGCUGAACGCCCCUGUCGUAAGCUGCACUUCCGCCGUAUCAUCAACAAGCACACUGAUGAGUCCUUAGGCGACUGCUCUUUCCUCAACACCUGUUUCCACAUGGACACCUGCAAAUACGUGCAUUACGAGAUCGACGCCUGCACAGACCUGGAUGCCCCUUGCGGGCGGGAACUGAUUGCAGGCCAAGAGCUGGCCAUGCCCCAAGCUGUGGGGAGAGAUUCCAGCGUGGACCGGCUCUUCCCCCCACAGUGGAUUUGUUGCGACAUCCGCUACCUGGACGUGAGCAUUUUGGGCAAGUUUGCUGUGGUGAUGGCUGACCCGCCCUGGGAUAUUCACAUGGAACUUCCCUAUGGGACGCUCACGGACGACGAGAUGAGGCGUCUCAACAUCCCUGUCCUGCAAGACGACGGGUUCCUUUUUCUGUGGGUCACAGGCCGAGCCAUGGAACUGGGGCGCGAGUGUCUCAAUCUGUGGGGGUACGAGCGGGUGGAUGAGAUCAUCUGGGUGAAAACCAACCAGCUGCAGCGUAUUAUCCGAACGGGACGGACAGGCCAUUGGCUCAAUCACGGCAAGGAGCACUGCUUGGUUGGCGUGAAAGGAAAUCCCCAAGGCUUCAACAGAGGUCUGGACUGUGACGUCAUUGUGGCAGAGGUUCGCUCCACCAGUCACAAGCCAGAUGAGAUUUACGGCAUGAUCGAGCGGCUUUCUCCAGGCACCCGCAAGAUUGAGCUGUUCGGAAGACCUCACAACGUACAACCCAACUGGAUCACCCUUGGCAACCAACUGGAUGGAAUCCAUUUGCUGGACCCCGAUGUGGUAGCUCAGUUCAAGCAACGGUACCCAGACGGAAUUAUCUCCAAACCUAAGAACAUGUGAGGCCGCAUGAAAGAAAGGCUGCCAUAAUGGACCAAGGAGAAGAGGACAACUCCCGUCAUUGGCUCGGGAGGGAAGAUGGAAGCAAUGCAAAGAAGGAUGUGUAUAUUCUAAUCUUUUAAUAAAAUUGGUGUUUUUCUAGA